AUGGCGCCUUACUUUGGUCUUCGUGGACCGGCUUUGAGUCGUGCUAUUAUGUGGAUGGUUGUUUGUCCAGCCUUUCUGACAUAUGGAUACAACCAAGGUGUUACGGGAGGUCUUUUGACUUUGAAAGCAUUUGCAGAGCAAUUCCCUCAGAUGAACACACUGACUACGACGGGCGCUGAGGAAACUUACAAUUCUACAAUUCAGGGAACCGUGGUCGCAUUAUACACAGUGGGAGGAAUGUUCGGCUCGUUAUCAUGCAUUCAAUUGGGAGAUAUUCUUGGUCGCCGGCGAAUCAUCUUUAUCACCACCUUCAUCUCACUUAUCGGAGCGGUCUUGAUGGCUAGCUCUUACUCUCUCGCCCAGUUUAUCGUUGCGAGAUUAGUCCUCGGAUACGGUACCGGAGGAUACGUUGCUACCGUGCCCGUCUGGCAGUCCGAAAUCUCCAAACCCACCAAGCGCGGUGCACACGUCGUUACUGAUGGAAUUUUCAUCGGUGCCGGUAUCACCAUCUCCCUCUGGAUCGACUUCGGCUUCUACUUUGUCACCGGCAGCUCAGUCUCAUGGCGGUUCCCUCUCGCCUUCCAGAUCGUCUUGUCCUUGAUCGUCAUGUCUUUUGUUAUGCUAUUGCCUGAGUCACCUCGUUGGUUGAUCAAGAAGGGACGUACCGAGGAGGCACGGGCUAUUCUCGCUGCGCUCGCCGAUGUGGACGACGACGCUGAAGAAAUCACCCUCGAGAUCCGCGAUAUCGAAACAUCCCUUGUUCUCUCUGGUUCUGGCUCCUUUAAAAGCCUGCUCUAUAUGGGUGAGCAGCGUCUUUUCCACCGUACCGUCCUGGCAGCUCUUGGCCAGGUGUUCCAACAAAUGUGUGGUAUCAACUUGAUCACUUACUACGCAACAACCAUCUUCCAACAAUACCUCGGUCUAGAUGCUACAAAGUCUCGGAUUCUUGCAGCGUCGAUGUGCCUUACUCAGCCGCUAGGUGGCUUUGUAGCGUACUUCACAAUCGAUCGCCUGGGUCGCCGUGUCCUUAUGCUUUGGAGUGCAGCUGGAAUGUCUGUGUCAAUGGCAAUCCUCGCUGGUACGAACUCACUCAGCAAUAACACCUCCGCCAUGAUCGCUGCCGUCGUGUUCCUCUUUGUUUUCGAAUUCAUUUUCACCAUCGGAUUCUCAGGAUUGACCUUCCUGUACGCGACCGAGGUAGCCCCAUUGCAGCUACGAGCAGCCAUCAGUGCCGUUUCGACCACUGCAGUAUGGAUGUUCAACUUCCUUUUGGCUGAGGUUACUCCUGUGGGCUUCAACACCAUUUCAUGGCGAUACUACAUCAUCUUCGCCGUUCUCAAUGCUGCAAUCGUUCCAAUUGUAUACUUCUUUUUCCCUGAGACAAACGGCCGAUCGCUUGAGGAAAUCGAUGAGAUCUUUAUUCAGUCGAAGAGCAUUUUCGAUCCGCCUCGUAUUGCGCGUUCCAUGCCAAGGCUCCAUGUGGCUGAAACUCAAGGCAUUGAGGGUGAAAUGGCCAAGGCGGUAGACGGUGAUGGCUCCGUUCCAAGGAAGGCUCCCAAGGCCUAA